AUGACCUCUACCUACUCAUCCUCAAAACACGAAAGCACAAACACAAUAAGAGGAGGCGGAAGUGAAUUAGGAGGAGGAAAACACUCGGAACAUGGACAUAAUAAUGGAUGGAGUAGUAGUAGAAGCCACACAGGAGGACAUUAUAGUAGCAGUAGUCAUCAUAACAGAAGUACAAGCAGUGGUAGCAGACAUCAACCACCGCCGCCACCACCAUUACCUAUGAAUAACCGAGGCUGGCGAAUAGGAAUUCCGCCACCACCUCUUCCAAGAGGUAGUAGCUGGCGUCCUGAUUAUAACAUUGAUAGGGGCGGCAGGGGUGGUGGUAGAUGGCAAAAUCCUCCAUAUAAUUCAUCGUAUAGAAGCACUCCGUAUACUACACAGCGACCACCACGUAAUGGUUCUUCAUCGUCGUCUUCGUCAUAUCCAAAUUAUGCCCCCGGGAGUAUGAGUAUCAAUCAUCGUGGUAGCAGUGGUGGAGCAGGACGUGGCGGAUAUAAUACUUUUGCUACUACACAAUAUAUACCAAGAGGAAGAGGCCGAGGUAUCUCACCGUGGUCAACGCCCACUUCUUCUCGUCCGCCACCAGCUAAUGUAGCGGAACUCAACGUUACCGCGUAUUAUAAGAAAUCAAUGCUGGAAGAUCCUUGGACUGGCCUAUUAUAG